GCAGCAGCAGGGGAAGAUCGUGGCAAAGCGGAGACGUGAAAUGAGAUGGUGCGUCGCUCCCUGGGACUCCGUAGCCUACCGUCUGUCACUUUUAUCGGGACUCGUUUCUCUGACUUUUACCGCGGAAUGGGGGCGAGUGGACUUGUCUUUUCGCACGCUUGCACGGCGUGAGUGUGUCGCGUAAUGCCGCCGAGGAGAGCCGCUUGUUGGAGGGAAAUAUUUAUGGUUCGGGACGUUUUUAUUGGAGUGGCUAGUUGCUAGCGCGGAGCUAGCGACUGUGCUCGCUACUUGGACCGUGUGUUCUUGUCAGGAUGCUUCGGAGGAUACGACAGCAGCUGGGCUUUGACCCUCCUCAUCAGAGCGAGACCAGAACGGUUUAUGUGGCAAACCGUUUCCCUCAGAAUGGCCACUACAUCCCACCACGCUUUACAGACAACCGAAUCAUUUCAUCCAAGUACACAAUUUGGAAUUUUGUCCCAAAGAAUCUGUUUGAGCAGUUCAGAAGGAUUGCCAACUUCUAUUUUCUCAUUAUCUUCCUUGUCCAGUUAAUGAUAGAUACCCCCACUUCCCCAGUCACCAGCGGUCUGCCUCUUUUCUUUGUGAUCACUGUAACUGCGAUAAAACAGGGCUAUGAGGACUGGCUGAGACACAAGGCGGACAACGAAGUGAACGGGGCUCCAGUGUUUGUGGUCCGCAGUGGAAGCCUGGUCCAAACGAGAUCUAAGAACAUCAGGGUGGGGGAUAUUGUUCGUGUGGCUAAAGAUGAAACAUUCCCUGCUGACCUGGUGUUGCUGUCUUCAGAUCGCGCAGAUGGCACCUGUCAUAUCACCACAGCCAGCCUUGAUGGAGAGACCAACCUUAAGACUCACUUCUCAGUGGCAGAGACAGCAGUUUGUCAGUCAGUGUCCCGCCUCGAGGCUCUGCAGGCUGUGGUGGAGUGUCAGCAACCAGAAGCUGAUCUGUACAGGUUUGUUGGUCGGAUGACCGUGACUCAGCAUGAUGAGGAGAUUGUCAGACCACUGGGUCCAGAGAAUCUGCUGCUGCGAGGAGCCAGGUUAAAAAAUACCAAAGAGAUUUUUGGUGUGGCGGUUUACACAGGGAUGGAGUCCAAGAUGGCCCUCAACUACAAGUGCAAAUCCCAGAAACGCUCUGCUGUGGAGAAGUCCAUGAAUACCUUCCUAAUCAUCUACCUGGGUAUCUUGCUGUUUGAGGCCAUCCUCAGCACCAUCCUGAAGUAUGCCUGGCAGGCUGAGGACAAAUGGGACGAGCCCUUCUACAACCAAAAGACUGAACAAGAGAGAAACAGCAGUCCGAUCUUGAAGUUCAUCUCAGACUUCUUGGCGUUUAUGGUCCUCUAUAACUUCAUCAUCCCCAUCUCACUGUACGUUACCGUGGAGAUGCAGAAGUUCCUGGGCUCAUUUUUCAUUGGCUGGGAUUUGGACCUUUACCAUGAGGAAAGUGACCAGAAAGCGCAGGUCAACACCUCUGACCUCAACGAGGAGCUGGGGCAGGUGGAGUACGUUUUUACCGAUAAGACUGGUACACUUACAGAAAACGAGAUGCAGUUCCGUGAGUGUUCGGUUAAUGGAACUAAGUAUCGGGAAGUCAACGGCAAACUGGUUCCGGAAGGAAUGACUGAAGAUUCACCAGACGGAUCUCUGCCUCACAUGAUUGGCGAUGAAUUGUUAUUUCUGAAGGCGGUGUCAUUGUGUCACACAGUUCAGAUCAGCUAUGACCAGCCUGACUGCCUGGUCUCCGGGGACGGAGACCCGUUCUCCCACGCAAACGGUUUCUCUUCCAAUCACAUGGAAUACUUUGCCUCUUCGCCAGAUGAGAAAGCUUUGGUAGAGGCAACAAAGAGAAUUGGUGUGGCCUUCACUGGCAGCAAUGGCGAAACCAUGGAAAUCAAAACAUUUGGGAAGUCAGAGAAGUAUAAACUGCUCCAUGUAUUAGAGUUUGAUGCCAACCGUAGGAGGAUGAGUGUCAUUCUACAGGAUCCUUCAGGAGGAAAAAUGCUCUUUACCAAGGGAGCAGAAUCAGCCAUUUUGCCUUUCACCACCAGUGGUGAGAUAGAAAAGACAAGAUUGCACGUUGAUGAGUUUGCACUGAAAGGUUUGCGGACUCUGGUGGUAGCUUGUCGUCACUUCAGCCCGGAGGAGUACAUGGAUGUGGACAGGCGUCUGAACAGUGCCCGCACUGCGCUGCAACAGAGGGAGGAGAAACUACAGGAGGCCUUCAGCUACAUUGAGAGGAACCUGCACCUUCUGGGCGCAACAGGGGUGGAGGACAAACUCCAAGACAAAGUCCAGGAGACCAUUGAGGCUUUACGGCUGGCAGGGAUCAAAGUAUGGGUUCUGACGGGGGACAAACAUGAAACAGCUGUUAGUGUCAGCCUGUCCUGUGGCCACUUCCACAGAACCAUGAACAUCCUGGAGCUCCUGCAGCAGCGCUCUGACAACGAGUGUGCUGAGCAGCUCCGCAGACUGUCGAGAAGGAUAAAGGAGGACCAUGUCAUACAGCAUGGGUUAGUCGUGGAUGGGGCCAGUCUGUCUUUAGCAUUGAGGGAACACGAGAAGCUCUUCAUGGAAGUGUGUAAAAACUGCUCGGCUGUGUUGUGCUGCCGCAUGGCACCACUGCAGAAAGCUAAGGUGGUACGUCUUUUAAAAACGUCUCCAGAGAAACCCAUCACCCUUGCAAUAGGGGAUGGAGCCAAUGAUGUCAGUAUGAUACAGGAAGCCCACGUCGGCAUAGGUAUCAUGGGGAAGGAGGGUCGUCAGGCCGUGAGAAACAGUGACUAUGCAAUUGCCAGGUUUAAGUUCCUGGCUAAACUACUGCUUGUCCACGGUCACUUCUACUACAUUCGAAUAACUACGCUAGUACAGUACUUUUUCUAUAAGAAUGUGUGUUUUAUCACACCCCAGUUUUUAUACCAGUUUUUCUGUUUGUUUUCACAACAAACUCUGUAUGACAGUGUUUAUCUGACACUGUACAACAUCUGCUUCACCUCGCUGCCCAUACUGGUGUACAGUCUGUUUGAACAGCUGGUUCAUCCACACGUACUGCAGAAUAAACCUGGUCUGUACAGGGACAUCAGCAAGAACUCACUGCUGUCUUUUCGGACGUUUCUGUACUGGACUCUGUUGGGCUUCUGUCACGCCUUUGUCUUCUUCUUUGGAUCGUACAUACUGAUGGGAGAAGACACCACACUCAUGGGCAAUGGACAGAUGUUUGGAAACUGGACAUUUGGAACGCUCGUCUUCACCGUUAUGGUCAUCACUGUCACAUUAAAGCUUGCUUUGGAGACUCAUUUCUGGACAUGGAUGAACCAUUUUGUGACAUGGGGUUCGAUUGCUUUCUACUUCAUCUUCUCUCUCUUCUAUGGAGGCAUCAUCUGGCCAUUCCUCCACACCCAGGACAUGUACUUUGUAUUUGUGCAGCUGCUGUCCAGUGGUUCAGCCUGGUUCGCCAUCAUCAUCAUUGUCAUAACCUGCCUCUUUCCUGAUGUGGUGAAGAAGGUCUUCUACAGACACUUGCAGCCCACCAGCACGCAGAAGAGUCAGUCUCUAUCAGCCCCCACGCAGGCCCUCAGCUGUGUGGAGUCCCUGUGCUGCUACCAACAUGGGCAGAGCGGCUGUUCCCGCUUGGCCCACUUCGUGGAGCAAAUGACAGGACAGUGUCCGGACGGUGUCAACCAUUGCCAGGCGUCCAGCCGCAACAACAGGUCUUGGAGUGACACGGAGAACUUCUACUCCAACGACCGCAGCAUCCUGACGCUGUCACCCAUCGAGGCCACGCACUGCUGACUCCCGGGGCGACUGACUGUAGCACACAGAGCUGGGCAGGCGUCAUAAUCGCCCUCCUGCCGCCAUUUUAUGAACUUCAGCUUUAACUCAGUUGCAGCUUGAUUCACUGCAGACUCAAAUGGGAAUUGUCGCAUUAUUUGAAACCAAAGGACUUGGCUGGUUUGCUAUAGCCUGCUUUUUCUUUUUUCCUUUAUUUUUUUUUUGAUAUAGUAACGGUUGAUGCCAGGUGGAAGCUGCAACAUGAAAGGAAAAUGAAGACAUGAAGCGACAUCUGUGGACACACGGCGUCUAGAAAAGAUCCAGUCAGUGUCUCGUUAGCUGCAGUUCUCUGACUCCUGCUGCAAAACAGGACGUCCGAACUGAUCUGAAAACAUUUAAGCAUUAGAAAACGGUUUUAAGAAGCCAUGUCGAGUCAGGAGUGGAACUCCUGAGGUCAGAAUAGAAUAAUGAAUUCUGUCAUAGGGCAAUUUCUCGUCCUAAGUAGUUUCCACACUUGAUUUUUUUUCCCUUGCAGCUGACCUUGCUGAAGCUCAUUUUGAAGAUUAAUUUUCAUUAGUUAUCACACCACCACAAGCUCAAAGCUUUGCAUCCCGAUCGACUUUCCUCACCGAGGCAGUUUCACAACAGAACACCACACACGAGGAUCAUCAGUGUAGCAUAUGGACAGAAGCUUAGCAGAGUCUGGAGAACAUCUCAUCUGCUGGUGAUAGAACUUCAUGUGUCAUUCAGAUUGAAAGGGAGAAAUCUGGACCCUUCCAUCACAAUCAUCUCAUUUCCUUCACACAAUCACCUUUGUUGUACCAAAGACCAAAGGAUUCAGACUGGAGUAAAAAAUGGGAAGAAAAAAAUGUUUAUUUUUGUGCCUGAUUGUACAGAAGCUUAUAUUGUUGUUAAGAAGAUUAUUAUUAUUGUCCGUGCUGCUUUCUCGUCAUGACUGUUCAGACCUCUCGUCUCCGCGGUGCGCAGCACUGAAUGCGGCCAGAAGGGGGUUUGGUUAAAAAGCCAUACAUUUUCAAGAGGUUAUAUUAUUAUUGUGUGAGAUAAUUGAAGGUACUGUGUUACAGAGACGCUGUUUCAGCCUGUGGAUACUUUGUACUUGUUCCCCUCCAACACCUUCUCUCAUUCAGCCCAGUUGGCGAGAGCGUUAAACACAGAGGUGUCAGGGAUAUUUUUGGGGUCAUAAAAGAAGUCCUAAUUAUAUUUUAAAGAAUAAAAACACAUCUGUUCAAACAAAAGUAGAGGUAGAGGUGAUUUUAUUCUCACAAAGACAAAAAUGGGUUUAAUGGUGAGAUACUUUUCCAUUUCACGGCUGAGACGCGUUGACCCAGACGGCAGAAUGUCUCUAUCUACGAUACGGAGAUAGAUUUCUCAGAGAUAAAGAGAAAAAGCAGAAUGUUUGCACAAGUCACACAUAUCGAGAUCACCUCGUCCUUUUUUUUUUUUGCUUCUCAAAUCUCUGCUCGUCUUUCGCCAUCAAAAUCAUAUCUCAUGGUUUGUUUUUUGUUUCUUUAAAUGUUUUAAGUUGUUGCCCUGUGUGUUUCAGCGCGUGUGUGUGUACGUAGGCAUGUAGGCGUGACAGCCAUGUUGUGUUUGGAGGAAGUUUGGUACUUAGUUAUAAGGUGCGGUGUUUCUCUUUGACGUGUGUUUAUGUGUGAGCUCUCCAUUCUUCCACAAAAGUCUUAAAAAGUGUUUCAAAAAAUAGGAAAACGAUCAGGUCAGUUGUCACAUGGAUACCGUUAAAGACAACCGUUUUAAACUUGACAUCCGGACAAACACACGGGAAACACUUCUGUUACACUAAGAUUUUCUUUUCUUUUGAAGUUCAGUUGUAUGUAAACUCUUUGAAAUUUUGAGUCGUUUUUUUUUUUCUUGUUUAUAUUUCAGUAUGGUACAUGUUCACACAGGCAAUGAUGUCUAUUUAUUAUUGCUGUAUGUCCCUUGUUCUGUGUUCCACCCUUUCUUGCAUAUCGAUAUAUCUGUGGGUGCUGUAGCUGGAAAAUAACGCAGCAACUCCGUGACAUGUUUCUGCUUGAUCUCGGUCCGUCUUCAGAACGCAUGUCUAAACUCUGUAUGUUUGACUUUGGAAGGCGUCGUGCGACGUCUGCGCCGCGCCGACUGUGCCGUCUGUCGCUUUUCCGGGUUUUCCCGACAUUUACUCAGAAAAGUAACUUUUCAUUUUAACCAUUUAAACCUCAUGUUUGAUAUUAAAUGUCUACUUCAAUGCA